AUGAGCGGAUUGGAAGCGUCACUGUCUGGAGAGUCUCCGGCAGACGAGGAUGACUACGAACAGCGGCACAUCCUGGCCCAUCUGCUGAAGCAAAAGUUCAAAUUUCCAAAAUGGGGCCCUGAACAAUCUGGGAUAGACACCCUGGAUCUCUUCAUCGUUUGUAGAAACACCUUUGAUGCCUUUGACAGACUGUACAGCCCCGUUAAUCAGGCUGCCGACUUUGUCUGGCAAACUCGACGAUAUAGUUCAGCUCGGCAAUCUCCUCUGGAGAAGCUUCCGUCAGAAAUUUUGAGAGACAUUGUGUCCGCUCUUGAGAUCACGGAUCAAAUCGCUGCUGCUCUCUGUUCCCAGUACCUUGGGUCCACACCGUUUGGGUCAUCCGCGAGCAUCUCUGUUUAA